AUAAGCAAAGUAGAGAGAGAGUUGUUUUCCUUUUCCCAUAUUUUUUAUUUCUUUUCUGGUUUUUUCUUCUCAUAAGCAAAGUAGAGAGAGAGAGAGAGGAGGAGGAGGCGAGCAGAAGGCAGAUAUUGAGAUUUUGGAGAGAGAAAGAAAGGUGAAGGCCAGAGAGAGAGAGAGAGAGAGAGAGCAAACCCUAGAUUAUUCUGACUUAAAACAAAGAAAUUCUUUAUUUGUUGGAAUUGACUUUCCCAGAUCCUGAAAAAGCUCAUCUUUGAUCAUUACAACGUCAAAGAUCGUGUGCACAAUUGUACUUGGUUAACGCAAAAAGACAAUCUUGGUUUUGAUUUGCGUUGUGAGGUUUGUGAUUCGAAGAAAUUUGUGAGGCAGUAUAUUCAGAAAAUUUGGUAAAGAUGAUGUCUAGAUCGUAUACCAAUCUAUUAGAUCUAGCGUCGGGGAAUUUCCCUGUGAUGGGGCGCGAAAAGAAGCGCCUUCCGCGGGUAAUGACAGUUGCGGGGGUUAUAUCUGAACUUGAUGAUGAUCAAGCCAAUAGUGUGACUUCGGAUGUGCCUUCGUCAGUGGUUGUCGAUCGAGUGAUUAUUGUGGCUAAUCAGCUUCCGGUGAAAGCUAAGCGUAGACCGGAUAACAAAGGGUGGAGUUUUAGUUGGGAUGAGGAUUCCUUGUUGUUGCAUAUAAAAGAUGGUUUACCAGAUGAUAUGGAGGUUAUUUAUGUGGGGUCAUUGCGAGUAGAGGUAGAUUCAAGCGAACAAGAUGAUGUGUCUCAGCUAUUGUUGGAAAGAUUUAAGUGUGUCCCAGCUUUUUUGCCUCCAGACAUUUUGGCAAGAUAUUAUCAUGGCUUUUGUAAACAGCAUUUGUGGCCGCUCUUCCAUUACAUGAUACCUUACUCUGCUAGUCAUGGAGGUCGAUUCGAUCGCUCCUUGUGGGAGGCAUAUGUGGCGGCAAAUAAGAUUUUCUCUCAGAAGGUGAUUGAGGUGAUAAACCCGGAUGAUGACUACGUUUGGAUUCAUGAUUACCAUUUGAUGGUUCUGCCAACCUUCUUGAGGCGGCGUUUCAAUCGGCUGCGAAUGGGUUUUUUUCUGCACAGUCCAUUUCCUUCCUCUGAGAUAUAUAGAACUUUGCCCGUUCGAGAAGAGAUUCUCAAGGCCUUACUAAACUCGGACCUUAUUGGUUUCCACACCUUUGACUAUGCUAGGCAUUUCCUUUCUUGUUGCAGUCGGAUGUUGGGCUUGGAGUACCAGUCCAAAAGGGGUUAUAUUGGGUUGGAGUAUUAUGGACGGACUGUUGGGAUCAAGAUCAUGCCGGUUGGAAUCCAUAUGGGGCAGAUCGAGUCCGUCUUGAAACUGGCGGAUAAGGAUUGGAGGGUUGGUGAGCUAAAGCAGCAGUUUGAAGGAAAAACUGUGUUACUUGGUGUGGAUGAUAUGGAUAUUUUCAAAGGAGUCGACCUGAAGCUACUGGCAAUGGAACAGAUGCUCAAGCAGCACCCUAAGUGGCAGGGAAGGGCAGUAUUGGUACAAAUAGCAAAUCCUGCUAGGGGGAAAGGGAAAGAGCUUGAGGAAAUACAGGCGGAAAUGCAGGCAACCCGAAAGCGAAUAAAUGACACUUUUGGGAGUCCUGGUUAUGAACCAGUUGUUUUUAUUGAUAGACCAGUUUCUCUAAGCGAACGAGUUGCAUAUUAUAGCGUUGCAGAGUGUGUUGUGGUUACGGCAGUGAGGGACGGCAUGAACCUCACUCCGUACGAGUACAUUGUGUGUAGGCAGGGAAUCUCUGGAUCUGAUUCUAGUUCGGAAUCUAGUGGUGGGCCCAAGAAGAGCAUGCUAGUGGUAUCGGAGUUCAUUGGUUGCUCUCCUUCUUUAAGUGGCGCUAUUCGGGUCAACCCGUGGAACGUUGAAGCAACUGCCGAAGCAAUGAAUGAGGCAAUCUCGAUGGCAGAUGCGGAAAAGCAGUUGCGCCACGAGAAGCAUUAUAGAUAUGUGAGCACACACGAUGUGGCAUAUUGGUCGAGGAGUUUCUUCCAAGAUAUGGAGAGAACUUGUCAGGACCACUUCAGACGACGGUGUUGGGGAAUUGGGUUGAGCUUUGGUUUCCGGGUUGUAGCGCUUGAUCCAAAUUUCAGGAAAUUGUCAAUAGACGCAAUUGUAUCAGCUUAUUCAAGAUCCAAAAGUAGGGCCAUUUUGUUGGAUUAUGAUGGCACUGUGAUGCCCCAAACUUCUAUCAACAAGAAACCAAGUCAGGAGGUUAUAUCGCUUAUAAAUACACUCUGCGGUGAUGUUAGAAAUACUGUUUUUGUUGUCAGUGGACGCGGGAGAGAGAGUUUAGGGAAGUGGUUUUCUCCUUGCAAGAAACUCGGUAUUGCAGCAGAACAUGGAUACUUCAUGAGGUGGUCUGAGGAUAAGGAAUGGGAAACUUGUGGGCAGAGCAAUGAUUUUGGGUGGGUACAGAUGGCUGAGCCAGUGAUGCAACUAUAUACAGAAGCUACCGAUGGUUCUUCUAUUGAAAAAAAGGAGAGUGCGUUAGUUUGGCAUCAUAGGGAUGCGGAUCCAGGUUUCGGAUCAAGCCAGGCGAAGGAGAUGUUAGACCAUCUUGAAAGUGUGCUGGCAAAUGAACCUGUGGCAGUGAAAAGUGGUCAGUUCAUUGUCGAAGUGAAACCCCAGGGUGUGAGUAAAGGCAUAGUUGCUGAAAAGAUCUUCACGUCAAUGGCCGAGAUUGGAAAGCAAGCUGAUUUUGUACUGUGUAUCGGCGAUGAUAGAUCCGAUGAAGACAUGUUUGAAAUCAUUGGCAAUGCAAUGAACAGUGGGGUCCUCUCCGCGAAUACAUCACUCUUUGCCUGCACUGUUGGACAGAAACCAAGUAAAGCCAAGUACUAUUUGGAUGAUACUACCGAGGUUGUAAUCAUGCUCGAAGCUCUAGCCGAAGUAUCGAGUCCCCCACCGUCAACAGAAGUUGGCAGCGGAAGUGGGAGCCUAUGAAGGUUUUCUUGGGUUGUAAACUUCAGAUCUCCUCUGUCAAUCCCUUUUGCUUGCAUAUCUUGCUAGAGUAUAUUGAUGGGGUUUAUGAUCUGUUUGGAGAGAAAUUCAUGGAAGAAGCAUUGUAUAGCCUUCUUUUCUAUGUUGAGUCCAGAUCAAUUGCUGAUUGGAUUUCCUUUGGCGAAGAGGCAUAGGUUGUGUUUGGAUAUUGGAUUUGCGGAGGGGAAAAUAAAUGCAGAGGCAAAGAGAGAAAAUUUGCUUCAGAAAUCCAUCUCCCUUUCUUUUCCCUUUAACAAAUCAUUUCCAUAAAUAAGAUGCAGACACAGCAAUUAUUGAAUUGUGGGUGAGAUUUUGCCGACACAUUGGGUAUAUCUGCUCAGAAUCUGAUAGGUUAGGAGUUGUUGGAUUCAUACACAGAGGACUGGAUGUUCGAUUUGUUCUUGGCCUUUUGACAUACAUUUAGGCUUUGUUUGGAUCAUGGUUUGGUAGAUAGUGGUUUAUCUGUGAACGGAAAGUGAUAGGGAAACCAGAGAAGGAAAUGGAGUUCCUUCAUACAUUAUCUUCGUAGCAUUUCGUUGGCCUUUUUCCUUUCCUUUUGUUAAUUUCUUCACAGAUCCUUAAACCAAACAGAGCCUUAUUGGAAGGCCGUGAUGCUCGGUUGCUGCAGUUGACACCUAUCUUUCUGUUUUCCCAUUCGGCAGGUAUGUUUCUAAGUUCUAACAGCUGGAAAACAAAGAUCUAGUAGUAACAUAAGCAGACAUUACCUGCUUGUUAAGUAGCAUGGUCGCUUUCCUUUUUUUGUUUCCUUUGAAUGGAUUUUUUUUUUUAAUUUUGUUACUCAAGCAGAAUUCAUUGGAUUGUAUAUGUAUUAGAAUUUCCGCAUUGAUUUCUUUAGUUGCGAGUUGGGUCCAA